AUGGCGAUCAGUGAAGACUUCAACGGCGUCAAUGGUGCUGCAACUAAUGGCCAUGCCACAAUGCUAUACACCACAAAUGGGCUUAAUGGACACGUGAACGGCACGAGCAAGAGGGAACUGGACGGCUCUUUGGACAUUAAAGUACUUGGUAUGAACAGUGGCACUGCAAUGGACGGUAUAGAUUGUGCCUUAGUACACUAUCGACAAGCCUCACCCGCCGCACCGUUACGGAUGGAGAUUCUACAGUACGAUGAGUUACCUGUUCCUCAGUGGAUCAAGAAACCAGUCCUCACGAUGCUCCGGGAAACGAAGACAACACCUUCUCGAAUGUCUCAGCUCAAUGUCCAACUUGGUAUCAUGUUCGGGGACGCUGUAAAGACAUUCUGCACAAAGCACGAUAUCCCGAUCGAGAGUAUAGAUCUGAUCGGCUCGCAUGGGCAAACAAUCUGGCUGCUGUCCAUGCCCAAAGAUGGUGAGACUCGAUCUGCUUUUUGCCUGGGCGAAGGCACAGUGAUCAGCGGGAUUACCGGAAUCACGACAGUCACGGAUUUCCGCAUGGCUGAACAAGCUGUUGGUCGUCAAGGAGCCCCUCUUGUCGCUCUCAUCGAUGGACUCCUCUUGCACCACCCCACCAAGUGGCGGAUUUGCCAGAACAUCGGUGGUAUCGCCAACCUGUGUGUGAUCCCGCCAGACAGCAAAGGCGGAGUUGAUGCAAUGGUGGAUUGGGACUGCGGCCCAGGUAACAUGUGGAUUGACGCUGCUAUGCGUUAUUUUACCAAGGGAGCUCAGGAAUACGACAGAGAUGGUGAGUGGGGUGCCCAAGGAACCGUUAAUCAAGCCAUCGUCGAUCGAUUUCUUGAGAGCGAUCCAUACUGCAACCACACACCACCCAAAACAACUGGCCGCGAAACAUUCGGCGACAACGAAGGCCUGGCCAUAGUUGAGGAGUGUCUGUCAUUAGGCAUGAGCAAGUAUGAUACGGUCGCAACCAUCACCCGCAUCACGGCCGCGAAUAUUGUGAAACAGUACCGGCAGUUCUUCCCCAGGUUCAAUAUUAACAUCGACGACAUCGCAGAGGUUUACAUGUGCGGUGGAGGUGCUAGGAACCCCAACAUCAUCAAGCAUCUCCGCGAAUCUUUGCCAAACACCAGAAUCUGUAAGCUGGACGAGACAGGUGUCCCAUCUGAUGCCAAGGAGGCUGUCAGCUUUGCACAACAAGCACUGGAGGCUAUCCUUGGCCGCGCUGCGCUCGUCCCGGUCAACAGUGAUUCGUUGACUCCAAACACUAUCUCUGGGAAGAUUGCCCCUGGCCUGAGGUGGCGAGAGAUAAUGAGCAUGGCGCUAGAGUUCGGCAAGGGGGAAUCCAGCCUGCCGACCGUCAAGGAGAUGAUUGUGGAGCGGCCUUAUACUGAUUGGAAGUCUUGA